UUAGAUGGUUCAGUAGAAUUUGACAGAGUCAUUUCCACAAACACCUGUUCGACAACUAAACAAGGCCACUAUUCCAUUGUUGUUGAGUCAAUUUCUCCGGCACCAGCUCCAGCUACUGGAGGUGGUGGUAACAGUGAAGCGGGCGGAGGAUCCACCGUCUCCGGCGGCGGAAAAGGGCAUCGGAAGGUGGGGAUAAUUGUUGGGCCUGCUGUGGGAGGAGCAAUUUUAUUGGCUUGUUUGAGCAUGUUAUUUUAUUGUGCAUAUAGGUGCAGACGCCGGAAAAAGAUACAGAAAAUGGAAGAGAUCUCGGAAAUGGGAGUGGCGUUACCAAUGACAAGAGUUGCGUAUACAAAGGCGCCUGUUGCAUUGGAGACUCGAACGAGGCCUCUGUUAGAGAAUGAAUUUGUGCCAUAGUCUUGGUGAGAGUACAGUGGACAAACAUUUAAUUUCUUUCCUUUCUUUUUUUCCCUUCAUGUCGAGUACUUUACAGUCCACCUUACUUGACAAGCGAUUAAUUCAAUUUUUCUCUAUUUUCGAUCUCUUCUUGCGUUGGAGACUCAAACUAGAUUAGGGAAUGAAUUUAUGUCAUAAUCCUCGAGAGCGACAUUUUUUUGUUAUGUAACAGCAGUACGAUGAAUAAUAAUUUAACAUCUUUUUCUCAGUA